AUCUAUUGAUUGAAGAGCGCUGUGUAGAUCUCUUCUGGCCUCAGCCAGACCUUAAGUGGGUGGAUGAGACGAGAUAGCAGCAUCGAGAUAGCAGCAUCGAGUUGCUGAGUCUUCAAUUCCUUCCCGCAAAGUCAAGGAGUUAGGCCAGGUGAGUCCGGCUUCGCAUUUGCCCGCGAGACCUGGCUCUGCACAGCACUGGGCGACACGAGGGUGUAGGAUUGGAUUGAGGCCGUCAUCGACAACGACGAUGCCAACGUCAUGGGUAAUAAUAGGGCAGCGCCAGUCGUAUAUGUGCCCGACGUGCGGAAUACUGAGUCCAGCCAACUAUCAUGUCUCUCUCCCGCCACGUCGACCCCACUGCCGUUCUCGCUGCCGCGCGCGACCACCCACACCGGCGGCACGUCAACCGCCACGAAAAGAGCGUCCUCGGCCAGUCCUGGACGCGCGACGAAGAUGCCACCGCCGCGCCCAAGUACACCUUCCCCACUCACGGCAUCCCCUCCAAGUCCGCGUACCAGCUCAUCCACGACGAGGCGGCCCUCGACGGCAACCCCGCGCUCAACCUCGCCUCCUUCGUGCACACCUGGAUGCCCGACGACGGGAUUCGGCUCUUCCAGGAGGCCGCGAACAAAAAUCUAGCGGACCAGGACGAGUACCCUGCGGCGCAGAUUAUCCACAACCGCUGCGUGUCGAUGCUCGCUCAUCUAUGGAAGGCGCCGACGGCGGAGACGAGUGCGGUGGGCACGUCCACGGCAGGCUCGUCGGAGGCGAUCAUGCUCGGAGGGCUGGCGUUGAAAAAGCGCUGGCAGGAGCAGCGCAAGAAGGCCGGCAAGGACUACUUCCACCCCAACAUCGUGUUUGGCUCGAACGCCCAGGUCGCUUUGGAAAAAUUCGCUAGGUACUGGGAUGUCGAAGCUCGCCUCGUUCCAGUCAACAGUUCAACCUCGUAUGUCAUGAAACCCGAGGACGCGAUCCAGUUCAUCGACGAGAACACCAUCGGUGUCAUGGUUAUCCUUGGUUCGACCUACAAUGGGGCCUUCGAGGACGUGGCACGCAUGAGCGAUCUCCUGGACGACCUUCAAGAGCGUACCGGCCUCGACAUUCCUAUCCACGUCGACGCGGCGAGUGGCGGCUUCAUCGCCCCCUUCGCUUAUCCGCAGCAUAAGUGGGCCUUCGACGUUUCCCGUGUUGUCAGCAUCAACUCGUCUGGCCACAAAUUCGGUCUCGUAUAUGCCGGCCUCGGAUGGUUGAUUUUCCGGGAUGAGAGCUGUCUCCACAAGGACCUGAUUUUCGAGCUGCACUACCUCGGCUCGACGGAGUACUCAUACACCCUCAACUUCUCGAAACCUGCGUCGCCUGUCUUCGCCCAGAUGUUCAACUUCCUCAACCUCGGCUAUAACGGCUACGCCAAGAUCGCGUACAAGGACCUCCGCAAUGCGCGUAUCCUUGCGCGCGCGCUUGAGAACACCUACUUCACUAUCCUCUCCGACAUUCAUCGCAAGGCGCCUGAUGCACCCGCCGAUGUGGACGAGGAAGACCCGAACUACUACGUGAAGGGGCUGCCGGUUGUCAGCUUCCGCUUCAACGACGAGUACCGCCAGAAAUACCCGCACGUGAAGCAGGCGUGGAUGCAGACAAGCCUGCGAACGAAGGGGUGGAUCGUCCCCAACUACAAUGCGCCCAAGGGCGAGGAGAAGACGGAGAUGCUGCGCGUCGUGAUGCGCGAGAGCAUCACAGAGGACCUUGUCGAGCGGCUCGUGGUGGAUAUUUUGGAGUGUGCGGAGGCGUUCAUGGCUCCCGAAGGGUCCGACAUGAUGAUUGCCAGCGCGGGCGGUACGAUGCAUCAGCCGGAUAUCGAACACUCGCGUCCCCAGCCGCACAAUUUCAGUACGAGCAGCGAUACCGAAGGCUUGGAGCAGUCGGGGUACAGUCGGCAGUGUUAGAUGGAUCUGCGGAAGAAGACACAGUGGAUACACCAGUUUGUCCGGUGGUCGUUCUCGCUCGCGAUGGGUCCUCGAGAUUGUCGGCUACGCGAUCACCUACGACUCGCGACUUCUGGUACCUACGAAACAAACAGCGAUUGUACUUGUACCUGUCGAAUAUAAGGUUGUACUCAUUGGACAUAUGAAAUGUGAAGAUAGAUUGGAUCGCUCA